GCGUACUGCUGUGUGCUGCCCCGGGCCGGCGUCGGAGUGAACUGGGCGGCCAAGGCAGAGCCAGAGUGGGCGCGAUGAAGGCACUGAUCUUGGUGGGCGGCUAUGGGACGCGUCUGCGGCCGCUGACGCUGAGCAUCCCGAAGCCACUGGUGGAUUUCUGCAAUAAGCCCAUCUUGCUGCACCAAGUGGAGGCGCUGGCCGCGGCAGGCGUGGACCACGUGAUUCUGGCCGUGAGCUACAUGUCUCAGGUGCUGGAGAAGGAAAUGAAGGCGCAGGAGCAGAGGCUGGGAAUCCGAAUCUCCAUGUCCCAUGAAGAAGAGCCUCUGGGGACAGCUGGGCCCCUGGCACUUGCCCGUGACCUGCUCUCUGAGACUGCAGACCCUUUCUUCGUCCUCAACAGUGACGUGAUCUGUGAUUUCCCCUUCCAAGCCAUGGUGCAGUUCCACCGGCACCACGGCCAGGAGGGCUCCAUUCUGGUGACCAAAGUGGAGGAACCCUCAAAGUAUGGUGUGGUGGUAUGUGAGGCUGACACAGGCCGCAUUCACCGGUUCGUGGAAAAGCCACAGGUGUUUGUGUCCAACAAGAUCAACGCAGGAAUGUACAUCCUGAGCCCCGCGGUGCUGCGGCGCAUCCAGCUGCAGCCUACAUCCAUUGAGAAGGAGAUCUUCCCUGUCAUGGCCAAGGAGGGGCAGCUAUAUGCCAUGGAGCUGCAGGGCUUCUGGAUGGAUAUAGGGCAGCCCAAGGAUUUCCUCACCGGCAUGUGCCUCUUCCUACAGUCCCUACGACAGAAGCAGCCUGAGCAACUGUACUCAGGCCCUGGCAUUGUGGGCAACGUGCUGGUGGACCCGAGUGCCCACAUCGGCCGCAACUGUAGCAUUGGCCCCAAUGUGAGCCUGGGCCCCGGUGUGGUGGUGGAAGAUGGUGUGUGCAUCCGGCGGUGCACGGUGCUGCGGGGUGCCCGCAUCCGCUCCCACUCCUGGCUCGAGUCCUGCAUUGUGGGCUGGCGCUGCCGCGUGGGCCAGUGGGUGCGCAUGGAGAACGUGACGGUGCUGGGUGAAGAUGUCAUCGUUAACGACGAACUCUACCUCAAUGGGGCCAGCGUGCUGCCCCACAAAUCUAUCGGCGAGUCGGUGCCAGAACCUCGCAUCAUCAUGUGAGGGGAUGCUGGGGGCUGGCUGAGUCCCCAUUUCCCUGAUGGCAGGGGGCACCCUGGCCUGACACAUCCGAAGGCCCUGGACUCACUGUUUAUCUGGGAGGACCGGACAAGGCUGAAGGGUUGGGACACCUACCCUCUCCUGUGGACACA